GCGUGCCUUUCCGUGACCCGGCUGAGUGUCCGCAGGCCCGGCUUACUGAUAAUGCCAACCAGCUCUUGUUGGUGGUCGAGGACCCAGCGGCAUGGAGGAAGCCACCGUGGAGUAUGGUGUCACAUCCCGCUGUGUCACCCUGCCUGCUGACUCCCCUGAGUCAUACCCCUGUGGCGAUGAGCAUACCCCCAGCCCCAUUGCUGGCCGCCAGCCCCUGGAGGCGCAGCCUCUGCUACAGCUUGGACAUCCCAUCAGCGCUAUAGCAGCCCUCCAGGCAGAUGGGCAUAUGAUAGCCUUCCUGGGGGACACCCAAGGCCAGCUACAUAAGGUCUUUCUCAACAGCUCCCAAGGCCAAGUGUAUCACUCCCAGCAAGUGGGGCCUCCUGGCUCACCCAUCAGCCCAGACCUGCUGGUGGACAGCAAUGGUGGCCACCUCUAUGUCCUGACUGCCCAACAGGUUAACAAGGUACCCGUGGCAACCUGCCCUCAGUUCCCCAAUUGCACCAGCUGCCUCCAGGCCCGGGACCCACUAUGUGGCUGGUGCAUCCUACAGGGCAGGUGCACCCGGAAGAGCCAGUGCAGGCGGGCAGCCCAGCCGAACCAGUGGCUAUGGAGCUACGAGGAGGACAGUCGCUGCCUCCACAUCCAGAGCCUGCUGCCAGCCCACCACUCACGCCAGGAGCAGGGCCAGGUCACAUUGUCUGUCCCCCGGCUGCCCACCCUGGCUGUGGAUGAAUAUUUCCACUGUGCUUUUGGGGACUAUGAUAGCUUGGCUCAUGUGGAAGGGCCCCAUGUGGCCUGUGUCACCCCUCCCCAAGACCAGGUGCCUCUUAACCCUCCAGGCACAGACCACAUCACCUUGCCCCUGGCCCUGAUGUUUGAAGAUGUGGCCGUGGCUGCCACCAACUUCUCCUUCUACGACUGCAGUGCUGUCCAGGCCUUGGAGGUGGCUGCCCCGUGUCAUGCCUGUGUGAGCAGCCUUUGGCGGUGCCACUGGUGCCCCCAAAGCAGCCACUGUGUACACGGGGAACAGUGCCCAGAGGGUGAGAGGACAGUCUACAGUGCCCAGGAGAUGGACAUCCAGGGGCAUGGACCGGAGGCUUGCCCCCAGGUGGUGGGGCUGGCAGGUCCCCACUUGGUACCUGUGGGCUGGGAGAGCCAUUUGGCCCUGCACGUGCAGAACCUUCAGUAUUUCCGAGGCCUGUCUGCCGCCUACCACUGCUGGCUGGAGUUGCCUGGAGCAUUGCAGAAGCUGCCGGCCUCCCUGGAGGAGACAGCUGCAGACACCGGCCUCAUUCACUGCCAGGCCCAGCAGUUCCACCCCUCCAUGUCCCAGCGAGAGCUCCCAGUGCCCAUCUACGUCACUAGGGGUGAGGUCCAGCGGCUGGACAAUGCCCAUGCUCUUCAUGUGAUCCUGUAUGACUGUGCUGUGGGCCACCCUGACUGUAGCCACUGCCAGGCAGCCAACGGGAGCCUGGGCUGCCUGUGGUGUGGUGAUGGUCAGCCUACCUGUCGUUAUGGGCCCCUGUGCCCACCAGGAGCUGUGGAGCUGCUGUGUCCCAUGCCCAGCAUUUAUAUGAUUGAGCCUCUGACUGGCCCCCCAGAGGGUGGCUUGGCCCUCACCAUUCUGGGCUCCAACCUGGGUCGGGCCUUUGCUGAUGUGCAAGAUGCUGUGAGUGUGGCCGGCCAGCCCUGCAGCCCCGACCCCGCUCUCUACCGUACCUCUACCCGGAUUGUGUGUGUGACAUCUCCUGCCCCUAAUGGCACGACUGGGCCGGUCCAAGUGGCCAUUAAGAGUCGGCCACCAGGCAUCUCAAUCCAGCACUUCACCUACCAGGAUCCUGUCCUGCUGAGCCUGAGUCCCCGGUGGGGCCCUCAAGCAGGGGGCACCCAGCUCACCAUCCAUGGGCAGCACCUCCAGACAGGAGGCAACAUCACUGCCUUUGUGGGUGGCCAACCCUGUCCCAUCCAGGAGCCGGUGUGUCCUAAGACCAUCGUGUGCCGCACCAUGCCCCAGGCCACACCAGGAGAAGCAAUGGUCCUUGUGGUCUUUGGCCAUGCUGAGCGCAAACUACUCAGCAGCCCCUUCCGCUACACUGCCAACCCCCAGCUUGUGGCAGCAGAGCCCAGUGUCAGCUUCCGGGGGGGCGGGCGGCUGAUCCAUGUCCGGGGCACAGGCCUGGACGUGGUGUGGCAGCCCCUGCUGUCCGUGUGGCUGGAGGCCGAAGCAGAGGUAAAGGCUUUGGGGGCUCAGCCCCAGGACCUGAACCCAAGGAGGAGCUGUGAAGCCCCUGCUGCAGAACCCCAGACUUGUAUCCAGCUUGGGGGAGGCUUGCUACAGUGUUCCACCAUCUGCUCUGUCAACUCGUCCGGCCUCCUCCUGUGCCGUAGCCCUGCUGUACCAGAUGGGGCCCACCCAAAGCGGGUAUUCUUCACCCUGGACAAUGUGCAGGUGGACUUUGCUAGUGCCAGUGGGGGCCAGAGCUUUCUGUACCAGCCCAACCCCCGCCUGGCCCCGCUCAGCCGUGAGGGACUCGCCCGCCCCUAUCGCCUCAAGCCGGGUCACAUCCUGGAUGUGGAGGGCGAGGGCCUCAACCUGGGAAUCAGCAAAGAGGAGGUACGUGUGCACAUUGGCGAUGGUGAGUGCCUGGUGAAGACGCUCACGCUCACCCACCUGUACUGUGAGCCACCCCCACACGCCCCUCAGCCCACCAACAGCUCCAGUGCCCUGCCGCAGUUUGUGGUACAGAUGGGCAACGUGCGCCUGGCCCUGGGCCCCGUCCAGUAUGAAGCGGAGCCCACCAUGUCUACCUUCCCUGUGGAGGCCCAGGUGGGCCUGGGCAUGGGUGCUGCCGUGCUGAUCGCCGCUGUGCUCCUCCUCACCCUCAUGUACAGGCACAAGAGCAAGCAGGCCCUGCGGGACUACCAGAAGGUGCUGGUGCAGCUGGAGAACCUGGAGACAGGUGUGGGUGACCAGUGCCGCAAGGAGUUCACAGACCUGAUGACUGAGAUGACAGACCUCAGCAGCGACCUUGAGGCCAGUGGGAUCCCCUUCCUGGACUACCACACAUUCGCUGAGCGCGCCUUCUUUCCUGGCCAUGGUGGCUGCCCACUGCUUCCAGAACUCGAGGGGCUUGAGGAAGAAGGCCGCCGUGCCACUGUUCGCCAGGGCCUCACGCAGCUCUCCAACCUGCUCAACAGCAAACUCUUCCUCCUCACACUCAUCCACACCCUGGAGGAGCAGCCUGGCUUCUCCCAGAGGGACCGCUGCCACGUAGCUUCGCUCCUGUCCCUGGUGCUGCAUGGCAAGCUUGAGUACUUGACCGACAUCAUGAGGACUCUGCUUGGUGACCUGGCGGCUCAUUAUGUACACAAGAACCCCAAGCUCAUGCUACGCAGGACAGAGACCAUGGUGGAGAAGCUGCUCACCAACUGGCUGUCCAUCUGUCUCUAUACCUUCCUGAGGGAAGUGGCUGGUGAGCCCCUGUACAUGCUCUUCCGCGCCAUCCAGUACCAGGUGGACAAGGGCCCUGUGGAUGCUGUGACAGGCAAGGCGAAACGGACCCUGAAUGACAGCCACCUGCUGCGGGAGGAUGUGGAAUUCCGGCCCUUGACACUGAUGGUGCUUGUGGGCCCUGGGGCUGGCGCCGCAGUAGGGAGCAGCGAGAUGCAGCGUUUGCCAGCCCGGGUGCUUGACACGGACACCAUCACCCAAGUCAAGGAGAAGGUGUUGGACCAAGUCUACAAAGGCACCCCCUUUUCCCAGAGGCCCUCAGUGCAUGCCCUAGACCUUGAGUGGCGCUCAGGCCUGGCUGGUCACCUAACCCUGUCAGACGAGGACUUGACCUCAGUGACUCAGAACCACUGGAAGAGACUCAAUACUCUACAGCACUACAAGGUCCCAGAUGGAGCAACAGUGGGGCUCAUCCCUCAGCUGCACAAUGGUGGCGCUGUUUCCCAGAGCCUGGCUCAGAAUUGCCCCUCAGGAGAAGACAUUCCCAUGCUGGAGGAUGGUGACGAUGGCGGGGUGCGCCUCUGGCACCUAGUGAAGGCCACCGAGGAGCCAGAAGGGGCCAAGGCACGGCGUAGCAGCCUCCGGGAACGGGAACGGGAACGGGCCCGGGCCAAGGCCAUCCCAGAAAUCUACCUCACCCGCCUGCUGUCCAUGAAGGGUACACUGCAGAAGUUUGUGGAUGACACCUUCCAAGCCAUUCUCAGCGUGAACCGGCCUGUGCCCAUUGCUGUCAAGUACCUGUUUGACUUCCUGGAUGAGCUAGCAGAAAAGCAUGACAUUGAGGACCCAGAGACCCUGCACAUCUGGAAGACAAACAGCCUCCUGCUGCGGUUCUGGGUGAAUGCCUUGAAGAACCCACAACUGCUCUUUGACGUGCGGGUGUCGGACAACGUGGAUGCCAUCCUGGCCGUCAUUGCACAGACUUUCAUCGACUCCUGUACCCUCUCGGAGCAUAAAGUGGGCCGGGAUUCCCCAGUGAACAAACUGCUCUAUGCCCGGGAGAUCCCUCGCUAUAAGCAGAUGGUGGAGAAAUACUACGCAGACAUUCGCCAGAGCCCUCCGGUGAGCUACCAGGAGAUGAACUCUGCUCUGGCUGAGCUUUCUGGGAACUACACCUCUGUUUCCCACUGUCUGGAGGCUCUGCAGGAACUCUACAACCACAUCCACAGGUAUCAUGACCAGAUCAUCAGUGCCUUGGAGGAGGACCCCGUGGGCCAGAAGAUGCAGCUAGCCUGCCGCCUGCAGCAGGUUGCUGCUCUGGUGGAAAACAAAGUGACUGACCUGUGAGCUUAGAGAACACGUCACCACAGUACCUUAUGGUCCCUGAACCGAGCCAUUGACUGAGGAGGGCCCGCAGAACUUGGGUGGUGUUGAGUGCCCACUGCCUCACCACAGGGCUUAUUUCUAAUUUAUAGCAAUCCCUACCCCUUCUCCAACUGUAUUUAUUUGCUUACUGGAGAAUCUGGAAAUAAAACAGAAAUACGUCUUUAAAAAAAAAAGUCCAAUCCCCA